AAAAAAAAAAAACUGCCUCUGUCAUACAACCAGGAAGAAGGUGGGAUAGCCCCGCGAAGCUAACAGCCCCAGACUCUCCGCUCACUCCGACCCGACGAUGAUGGGAUCUUCCAGGUGGAGGGUGGCAGCAGCAGCAGCGGCCUGUCUCACCAUAGUGGGCUUUUUAUUACCUGUCGACGCAGACGAGCACGAACACACGUACACAGAUAAGGAGGAGGUAGUUUUAUGGAUGAACACAGUGGGGCCUUACCACAACCGACAGGAGACGUACAAGUACUUCUCUUUGCCCUUCUGCGCGGGCUCCAAGAAGACCAUCAGUCAUUACCACGAAACACUCGGAGAGGCUCUGCAGGGAGUGGAGCUUGAAUUCAGCGGCCUAGACAUAAAGUUCAAAGAUGAAGUCAUGCAGACAACGUACUGUGAAAUUGACCUGGACAAAGCCAAACGGGAUGCCUUUGUCUAUGCCAUAAAGAAUCACUACUGGUACCAAAUGUACAUAGACGACCUGCCAAUCUGGGGUAUCGUCGGUGAGGCAGAUGAAAACGGAGAAGAUCACUACCUGUGGACGUACAAGAAACUGGAGAUCGGCUUCAACGGCAACAGAAUUGUCGAUGUAAAUCUGACCAGUGAAGGCAAAGUCAGACUUGUGCCCAACACAAGAAUCGCAAUGUCUUAUUCUGUGAAAUGGAAGAAGUCGGAUGUGAAGUUUGAGGACAGAUUCGACAAGUACCUCGACCCAUCCUUCUUUCAGCACAGGAUUCACUGGUUCUCCAUCUUCAACUCCUUCAUGAUGGUCAUUUUCCUGGUGGGUCUGGUGUCCAUGAUUCUGAUGAGAACGCUAAGAAAGGAUUACGCAAGAUAUAGCAAAGAGGAGGAAAUGGACGACAUGCAUUUUGAUGCUGUGUACCAUCAGGACAGAGACCUGGGAGACGAGUACGGGUGGAAGCAGGUACACGGUGACGUGUUUCGUCCGUCAAGCCAUCCACUGAUCUUCUCCUCGCUCAUCGGCUCCGGCUGCCAGAUCUUCUCUGUAUCCUUCAUCGUCAUCAUCGUCGCUAUGGUUGAGGAUCUGUACACAGAGAGAGGAUCCAUGCUGAGCACAGCCAUCUUUGUGUACGCUGCCACCUCCCCUGUCAAUGGCUACUUCGGGGGAAGCUUGUACGCAAAACAAGGAGGCAGGAGAUGGAUUAAACAAAUGUUCAUUGGAGCCUUCCUGAUCCCAGCCAUGGUGUGCGGGACUGCCUUCUUCAUCAACUUCAUCGCUAUCUACUACCACGCCUCCAGAGCCAUCCCAUUUGGCACCAUGGUCGCCGUCUGCUGUAUCUGCUUCUUUGUCAUCCUGCCGCUGAACCUCGUGGGGACAAUUCUGGGGAGAAAUCUGUCUGGCCAACCAAACUUCCCCUGCCGGGUGAACGCUGUGCCGCGACCGAUCCCUGAGAAGAAAUGGUUCAUGGAGCCGGCCGUCAUCGUCUGCCUCGGAGGAAUCCUUCCAUUCGGGUCCAUUUUCAUUGAAAUGUACUUCAUCUUCACAUCUUUUUGGGCCUACAAAAUCUACUAUGUGUACGGCUUCAUGAUGCUGGUCCUGGUCAUCCUGUGCAUAGUGACCGUGUGUGUCACCAUCGUCUGUACGUACUUUCUGCUCAACGCUGAGGACUACAGAUGGCAAUGGACAAGCUUCCUCUCUGCUGCAUCCACUGCUGUUUAUGUUUACAUGUACUCCUUUUACUACUACUUCUUCAAAACUAAGAUGUAUGGACUCUUCCAGACAUCCUUCUACUUUGGCUACAUGGCUGUGUUCAGCACUGCCCUAGGAAUCAUGUGUGGUGCCGUCGGAUACAUGGGAACAAGUGCCUUUGUGAGAAAGAUCUACACAAAUGUGAAAAUUGACUAAGCAGCGAAGCAGCAACACAGGGAUAUUAAAGGAUUUGCCUCUGUGUAUCCUGAAAGACGGCGGGCACAAGUCAUUCUUUAUUACUUUUCUUUCUUGCAAAGAGAUUGUGAGAAUCUCACUUUGUACAAUGUAGUUUUUCCAUUUUCUGAAAGAAUUUCAACGCCGCAACUCAAAGUGAACAAGAGCAAAUCUGCGGGAAGAGAUAUCAAACACACGGUUCUGUUUUUAUCAGUUGCUUUCAAACAAAUAACGUUGGGGGCAAAUGUUUAAGGCUGACAUGGCUUCUCCUUUCCAACCCAGUCCCACCUGAGACCAGAGAACAUAAAUGUUUAUUGAUGGAAUAGUGUAGCUCUCUUCAGUGAAGAGGCCUAAGUGUAUUGAAAGCCUUUGUUCUAUUGUGUCAGAAUAUUGGAGAGUUGGGUUUGUGCCCGUGUUCUGACUUGAUUUCUAUUUUGUAUUCUUGAAGUCACUCAAAAUAUCGUUACUACACAAGUACAGUAGUCUCUUCUGAUUUACUUCCACAGCAAAAAAAAAAGAUGAGAUAUAUAUAUAUAUAUUAAAAAGAAAGCUGUCGUCACUCCAGAAUCAUUCCCCCAUUUUGACGAUUCAUAAUUCCCUGUUACAGUAGCAAUCCAUCCAGUUGGUGAGAGAUUUUAGUCCUGCUGUAGUUUACUGUACAGACGAGAACAGAGGGACUGAUCAACAGUGGAGGUACAGUAGGAACAGAUUUUUAAAUGGAUGUUUGAUGUGAUCCCAUUUCCCCGUUCAGUCGGGGUUUUCUUAAUGUUUGGGUUUGAAUGAAGUCUACUUGUAAAGAUAAUAUAUGGAUGGGGGGGAGUGUAUAUAACCUUAAUAAUGUACCUUUAGAUGUAGAUCCCAAAUGUAUUUUCGUUGUACAGAUUUACUACAGGGUGUUUUUUUUUAAAUGAAUCGUUCAGUUAAAAAAAAAAAAAAAGAGAUUUUGUUUUGGUUUUUUGUCUUUGUUUGGUGCUUGGGAUGGGGCUGGUGGCGCUGUUACAUCUUGCCUGAAAUUGCAUGAAGUUUUCACAAAACCAUCUGCUCAUCAAACUCCACUUCAGUCAGCGCUGUCAGUUGUUUGUUUUUUUUUUGUUUUUCUCUGUCUCAAAAUGGGUAAAGGUACAUGAUGACCGGUGGGCCUGCUUACAGACUCUCUUCUUACUUUGAUUUCAUAUAUUAUUUAAAGCUUUAAGAGGCUCUACAUCUUCUGGUAAGCCAUUUCCCCUCACGUCCUUUCUGUUGCCUAACCUGAAACAUCAUUUGUGAAUGUCGGAAGGAAUGAGGCGAUUGCUUUGUUUCCGCAAACAUACUGUACAAAGUGAAGUUUAUGUACACUUAAAACUAGAUGUUUUCAUAACCACACACAGUGCUGCGGAGUGUUUCAACUGCUUUUUUCCCCAUUUUGUGUAAAUACAGUAUGUACCCUACUUGUAUGAGAAGUGGCAAUGCCUUUUUUUUUUUUCUAAUUUCCAGUUCUUCCCCCACUGAAGUUGAUUUUGGCACCUCAUGUUGUGUACCAAUGUCUGAUUAGACAUUUUGAACCUGCAUAUUAACUUGCUGUAAAAAGAGAAAAUAAACAUGUUUAUGUACAGGG